AAGUGUCAAAAAACUUGAACUUGAAAUGAAUAUAUAGCGCGAUUUCAUAUCAUUAUUGGACAAAUUGUUGAAGCUUUCACGUACGGAUUGAUUGGCUGAUUAUCUUCAGAUCAACAGGUAUAUAAUAAUCAAGUCGUGGCAAAUCAUCGCCAGUCGCUUCGCCAUGGGUAAGCUAGCACCAGCUCUAGCUCUAGCUCUAUUCCUCGCUAUAGUCAGCAAUUGUCAAGCUGGAGCCACGACUAUCCAAUCCUGCGACAGUUUGAUUUACUGUCAGGGCCAGUUACUGGACACCGUGCAGAAAGCCCGAAUCUACAAGGACUCCAAAACUUUCGUGGAUAUGAUGCAGCUGAACGACCCCAGUGUUACCCUGGAAAACUUCAGGAACUUCAUGGAAUCUCAUAACAAUGCACCUACCAGCCAGCAAGUCGCAGAAUUCGUUCAACAAAAUUUCGCCAGCACCGGUGAGCUAGACAACUGGACCCCUAGCGACUUCACCACCACCCCGAAGUUCCUGAGGAAAAUUAAGGACGUGACAGUGCGAGACUUUGCCAGACAGCUCGUCUCCAUCUGGCCCACUCUCUCCAGGAAAGUCAACAGCUCCGUGGCUCGCAACCCCAGCAGACACUCUCUCAUCCCCCUGCCGAACGGUUUCGUAGUGCCAGGAGGCCGCUUCAAAGAGAUCUACUACUGGGACUCCUACUGGAUCGUCAAAGGGCUCUUGAUCAGCGAGAUGUCCCAGACUGUCAGAGGCGUCCUGGAGAACUUCCUAUCCCUAGUGGAACGAUACGGGUUCGUACCUAACGGAAGUAGAGUGUACUACCUCAACCGCUCCCAGCCGCCUCUGCUCUCCCUGAUGGUAGGCCUCUACAUCGACGAGACCAACGACCUGAAGUGGCUGAAGAGGCACAUUAGAACUCUGGAGGAAGAAUUGGAGUGGUGGCUGAGCAACAGGACGAUCGUGGUGAAAAAGGACGGGGUGGAACAUCGGUUGGCGCAUUACGCGUGCGAGAGUGGCACCCCGAGGCCUGAAUCGUACGCAGAGGAUUUGAGGACUUGCGAGAGCCAUGCUGAUAAGGAAACCUGCUACAAGAACCUCAAAAGCGGCGCUGAAAGCGGCUGGGACUUCUCCUCCCGCUGGUUCUUCGCCCCAGACGGCGCCAUCUCCCCUAACCUCACUCUCAUCGACACCAAGCGCGCCAUCCCAGUCGAACUCAACUCCUACCUCUGCAAGGCCUUCAGGGAACUCUCCCACUUCCACAAACUCCUCGAAGACGAAGUCAACGCCUUCAAAUGGCUCCAAAGGCACGAAACCUGGAAGCGAUCCAUCGAAGCAGUAUUCUACAACGAAACCGACGGGAUUUGGUACGACUUUGACUCGCUGCAGCAGCAGCACAGGCGAGGCUUCUAUCCCAGCAACUUAGCUCCACUUUGGGCAGAAGCCUACGAUGCUCUGCAGAAAGACAGCCUUGGCAGGAGAGCAGCGGAGUAUUUGCGGUCCAACGAUAUAACUAGCUUCCAAGGGGGCAUUCCUACUUCCCUGCUGCACAGUGGGGAGCAAUGGGACCUGCCUAAUGCCUGGCCUCCAUUGCAGGAGAUCGUGAUUUUGGGGCUACAGAGGACCGGGAAUGCAGACGCUGGUGAUUUAGCUAGGAUUUUCGCUGAAAGGAGCGUCAAUGCUUUCGUAACUGGGUAUACCAAGCACCGGGAGAUGUUCGAGAAGUACGAUGCUCUGCACGUGGGGGAGUUUGGGGGUGGGGGCGAGUAUGUGGUGCAAAGCGGGUUCGGUUGGAGUAACGGGGUGGCUUUGUCGCUGAUUGAUGCGUUUUAUACGUCGAACGCUAAGAAGAAUGUGCGUGCCAGAUAGAUGUGAGAACAUUUAACGGAUUGCUCCUGAACGAUCUUUCUCAAAAAACGAAAGUGUGUGAACCUUUAAGAGUGCAUACCUAUCAAGGAAAGCGUAUGCAGAAUAUUCCUGCCAGUAGUGGCUUGGCACCAUAUGUGGAUUGGCGGUAUAUCACACUUGCACAUGGCCUCACAAUAAAUAUCAAGUAUACCCAGACCGCUUAUAGCCUUCUCGAAACGUUUGAUAUAUUCAUCUCACAGUCACAGCUCAUAUUGUAUAAAAAACUUCAACAGCACAUGAUAAUUCUUUUCUUGAGUUUUAUCUUCUCUAAUUUUCAUUAUCAUCAUCGAAAAACAGAAAAAUUCUGGAAACAUUCAUCAGAUCUUAUAAUAUUGAUAUUCUUAUAUUCUGUUUGUUCCAUUAAUUUUUAGAUUCGUUAUUAUUCUUCAAAAGAAGCUGUGAAACGAAUUUGUUCAAGUUAACUCCAUAGUAUGACCACUCUGCAAAAAUAUAUUGAAUAUUUUCGUAUUUGUUGUUCUUCAAUUCCUUCAUCAGACAUGUGUACCUAGCUCUAGACUUACUUGCGUUUAAGAUGGCUACAAGGGACCUUGCGUUUCUCUAGAUACCUAUCAAUAAACCUUUAUUGACGAUCAAAAUAUAAUUCAAGUACUAUACUUGUGGUUUUUGCAGUACCUGGUGGGAAUAAUGACGAAUAAUCAUUAGUUAUUAUUUCUUUUCGCAAUCCAAUCACAAGAUGCAUAAAAAAUAAAACCAUGAAAUCUCGAAACAAACUACUCGAGAACGAAACCAUCAACGCUUUCAAAUGGCUACAAAAGCACGAAACCUGCUAGAUAGACAUUUAUCAGAAAUGCGAAGUGUGUGAACUUCAAAAAGUACAUACUCACCUAACAUAGCGUAUAGAGAGUGUUUCAGAGGUGUGAGC